AUGGGAAGCUGCAAUUUUAAAUCAGAGGACGCAGAUCCAACAGUUUCAAUUUCAAAAACUCACUUCCAAUUUCACUAUGUAUCCUCUUUUCUUCCAAUUCUAAUGAAAUCCUUUCCACACAAUUCCCUAUUUUCCAUCAUUUUUUAAUUUCUCAACAUUAAAUAAAUUAAUUUAUUCCAGAAUAAUCGGAAAAGGAGGCUUUGGCAAAGUUUGAAAAGUCGAGCUCAAAAAGACACGAGAAAUUUUUGCUAUGAAAGAAAUGUCAAAAGCCAGAAUUCUUGCCAAAAAAAGUGUUAAUUCAGUUUUAAAUGAACGGCAGCUAUUAGCGACACUUAAACAUAUGUUUAUAGUGAAUAUGCAAUAUGCAUUUCAAGACAAAGAAAAUAUUUAUCUUGUUAUGGACCUUAUGCCUGGAGGAGAUCUUAGAUAUCAUUUAGGACGGCAAAAAAAGUUUACUGAAGAACAAAGCAAAUUUUUUAUAGCUUGUAUUUUAACUGCCUUGGAAUAUUUAUUUUUUUUUAUAUAAAUUUUUAUUUUUUUGUAAUUUUUAUAAAAUGGGGUACUCGCAAAAUCAGUAAUAAUAAUAACUAAUUUUGUAAGAUAUACAUAACAAUGGAAUAUUGCAUAGAGACGUGAAGCCAGAAAAUUUGGUUUUAGACGAAAAAGGGUAUGUAAGAUUAACUGAUUUUGGAAUCGCAAGAGUUUGGAACCCAGAAAACGCCAAAGAUACAAGUGGAACCCCAGGCUAUAUGGCUCCAGAGGUUAUGUGCCGUCAAAAUCAUGGGGUGGCUGCUGACUAUUUUGCUUUAGGAAUCAUUGCUUAUGAGCUCAUGAACGGUACAAGACCAUAUCAAGGCAAAGCCCGAAAACAAGUCAGAGAGCAGAUUUUAGCUAAACAAAUCCAAAUAAAGCAAGAUGAAAUCCCCGAAGAUUGGUCUAUAGAAGCUGCCGAUUUUGUAAAUAGGGUAAGAACUAUUUAGCUUAUACAAAGAAAGCCUGUUAAUAGGUUAGGGUUGAAUGGGCCAGAAGAAGUAAAAAAUCAUCCAUGGUUCAGAGAUUUUGACUGAAAAAAGUUAACUGACAGAAGGAUGGAGUCACCAUUUGUUCCCAGUCAAAAUGACGAUAAUUUUGAUUUAAGGCUUCAUCUUACAGAUGAUCCUUGGAAAGACGCUGAAAGUGAAGCUUAUCAGCAAAGUGCAGACUUGUUAAGAAAUUCUUCAUCACAAGCACUUUUUGCUGGAUAUUUCUAUGAUAUCAGCCAGCAAAAUGCUGGGUCAGAAAGCGAAUCUACGAGAAAUUAA